AGGCGCCCGCCGUGAUCUGGGCAACAAAUGAGUCAGGCGGAGAAACGAGACAUGUCUCAUUUAGCCAUUGAGAAUGGCCUUCUGGCGACGUGUAAUAUAUCUGCUUUACCUUUGCUUUCUUUGUUUGUGACUGUUUCCUCUUCUUCACGCGCACCUGGACCCGUUGAUGAGCGUCAAAAGAUCAAAUCAGAUUACGCCUGGUGAGAAUUUUGUGGUGCCUGGUCUUAGUCGUCCAGUGCUGGCGCCGGUGCCGUUGAUUGAUUCUGUUGCCGAGCCGUCGCAGGUGGCUAGGAAGGAGGGGGUAGACAAAAAGCGGCGUUCAGACUAAGAGAUGAGAGAGCAAGUGUGAGGGAUGCGGGUUUUGUGGAGGUUGAAAGGAGAUCGGACUUUGAUGGACGAGUGGGUAUGUGGGUGAGCAUGUUGAG